UGAUAUCCUCUUGUCUGUUAGCAUCUAUCUUUUUGGUGGUUUCUCUUUUCAUUGUUCUCGCCUCUCCCGCUUUCGGCUGUACCAUAUACUCUUUGCCCGUCGCAUCCAACUAUUAUCUUGUAUCCGUCCUAGGGCUACUACCGGCCGUCGCUACAACCACGAUGGUCAAGUUCUUUCAGCCACAGCCAAAGAUCGAUCCCUUGCCUACAGGAAUUGACCUGACUGGCAAGACCGCGGUUAUCACUGGUGCUAGUGCAGGUAUGGGUCUUGAAGUCACCAAGCAGCUUUUGCGCUUGCGCCUCUCCAUCGCCAUCCUCGCCGUGCGCAAUGUCUCCAAAGGCGAAGCUUGCAUCGAAUCGCUGCUGCAAGACCGCAGCAUUCAAGCCCACAACCCAAAGCCCACCAUGAAGGUCAUGGAGCUUGACAUGGAUCGCUAUGAUAGCGUGCAGCAAUUCGCAAAAACUCUCCGCGAAGAGGUUCCGGUGGUUGAUCUCCUCAUCCUUAAUGCGGGAGUUGCUUCUUUAAACUUCGAACGUAGCCCAAGUGGCCACGAGAGGGUGACCCAAGUGAACUACUGCUCCAACGCGCUGCUGGUUGCCGAGCUUCUUCCUCACCUGGAAGCUGGUGCGAAGCAGACCGGCUCCCCUGCCCGGAUCAGCUGGGUAGGCAGUCGCUCGCACGAGUCACCCAGUUUCGAGAAAAAGGCCCCCAUUGAAGCCGACGAGGGGGUUUUGGAGCAUAUGGACAAGGAGGAAGCCUUUGCUCCUUUUCAACGGUAUAAUGACACCAAGUUACUCUGUGUACUGUUCAUGUACAGUUUGGCUCCGCGCCUGGACCCCAAAAAGGUCAUCAUUAAUAUGAUGUGUCCGGCUAUGGUAAACACUGGGAUGAGCAACAUGCUUCCACUGCACCUGCGCUUGUUUUUCAACGUCAUCAAGGCUAUUCGCGCCCGACCCGUUGAGGUAGGGGGUUGGGUUAUCCUGAACGCUGCGCUCGUAGCAGGCCAAGAGUCCCAUGGGAAGUUUUUGGCGGAUAAGGUCAUCACCGAUAAACCUGCAAUCGUUACCUCUCCAAUGGGUCAGGAGAUUCAAACCAAGCUUUGGGAAGAAACAGUCACCGAACUGAGCAAGUUGACCACUCUUCCUCCCCAGUUUCACUAGACUGAACUGGUUAACAUUCCAUGACGUCGCACCAUGUUGCUGCUGCUUUUUCGAAACCCUUUGGAUACCACUUUGCCUCCUUGGAGCCUCUUCUUGUUUCUUUAUUCCCCUCGACAGUUGCCGUGGUCUUUGUAUCUUCCCGUGUCUCUGCCAUUCGCCGACCAGUACGAGUGGUACUGUAAUGUUCAUUAUCGCGGCGGAACAUUGCCUAUCCUUGUGACACGCGCAGCAAAUCUUCUUUUUGAAGCUAAAUUGAAUAAUGUAACCCUGAAACUUUAUGAAAAAGCUAGAAGCUUCUAGUUUCAUAUGAUGCUGUGGCAAUGAAUGGCACAUGCAGUCACUGGUGAAGAGGAACG